UUGGCCAUAGGUGUUGUGGUACCAGCACCAGUCAGGGUUUUUGAGUAAAUGUGGUUUGGAUUUAGAUCGACCACGUGAGUUUCUGCAUUGAGGAGAUUUAGGACGACGGUCGGAGAAGUUAGAACGCAUGUUUGACCUAAACAUCUGCUGGAUGGAGUUGCACAACUUUAUCAUUGCAGUAUCCUUACUCGAAGUCUGCUUAGUUAUCGAGGAUAUUUCGGGAACUGACCGUUUAUUUAUUUCUAGAAUCCUAUCUGGAGAAAUAGCUAAGUCAUCUAUUACAACACCCUGAAGUGUCACAAGUACGGUCUGUACAGACUGUGGCAGCUUGGUUAAGAAGAGUUCUCUAAAUAGCCCUUCGUCGAACUGACUCUGGCCAACAACUUCACUAAUUGUCGUCAGCAUGCUCACGGCUGACUGAUCUCCUAACUCGAUGUUACGAAAUAAUUCGUCCAGACGUUGUCGGUCCGUGGGAACGUUUCUCCUGAGGAGGGAUGCUUUGAGCAACUCGUACGAGUUACUUACCUCGGGACUGGACAUCUGUGAUGCUACGUACUUGCUGAAUUCCUGCGGUAGGGCGUGAAUAACUGUAAGCAACUUUGAACAAUGAUCGGUUAUCCCAUGCUCACAAAAAUCUGCCUCAGCUAGCUAAAACCACGUUUCAACAUUAUCUGGCCAGUAUGGUACAAGCUGAAUGGUUUUAGGAGUCGAGAGGGGACGAAUGACCUCGGGACUAAGAUCACUCAUGACGAAAAUUAUGUCGAAUAAUAUAUGGUACAAGAACAAAUACAAAAUGGAACGUACUCACCGGGAUUAUCUGCGUAUUUGUCGUAGAUGAAGUUCGCGGUUCGGCUCACCAGUUUAUAGGUUGACGGAAUUCUCUUACACAGCCUCUAACUUAUUAGUUCUCGCGUGCCAACAACAAAGCAAAAGCCAAUAUUUGAUCGUCCAAACUAAGUGAUAUACUUCGGGACCAAAACAAGCCGUCAGACGAACGCUUAGCUGGCUAGUGAUCGUGCACGUGACACGACGGGGUACCGAAUGGCGGGGAUGCUUGACCGGAAGCCUUCAGCUAAACAAGUCGAAUUAAACAGUGGUGGUCAGCAUCCAAUGGUGAGUGAUUGCUGUGGUCAAUAAUUUUGGGGAAUUAUUUACCGCUACAAGAAAAACGACUGACUGUAAAGGAAAAUAUCUGCAGUUCUAGUUCAACUAACAUAUGUACAUUUAUAAGAGGAUCAACGUAUUACAUAAGAGACCUAACGAUUUAAAAUCAAAGAAUCCAAAGUUUUCAGACAGGUCAGUUUUCUAAUAAUCAUAUAGGUAGAUGCGUGCAGAGUAAUUGGACACAGAAUACAAAUGCGCUUUCUCUGUCUGUUUGCGGUUCCUUCGUGAUGAGUAUUUUUCCUUGUUUGUUUUGGGUUUUCGUGGUUCUCUGUGAACAUAUUAUCUGCCGGAAGCACACAUUAAACCUUAAGAACGAUGGCAGAAAAGCAGUGUUGUGCAGUCACUUUGGAUUUGCGAAGGGUUCAUUCCUAUCGGUUUCCAUUCAGAAACUUGAGGGUGACCUGCAGCAUAUAACUUUCACUUUGGACAAGGCUGGUGAUUCAGGAGUGGCCUCGCUUAUUGAGUCCAAAUCAAAUACGUGUUUUUGGGAUAAAUCUUUCAAAUUUCUCUAUCUCUCCUUCGAUACAUCCUCCAAAACACUUGUCAUACACAAUAAUGAUAGUCAUUACAAGGGUGUGAUAUUUGAAGCGACUGCCUUGGAAAUGGAAGAGGAUGGUGAAACUGUCAUUAGGCCGACAGGUUUACUUGACAAUAUCCAGUAUGCUCUGAGGUGUUUACGCCUGGUUAGUGAUGAUAGCCUGACAGUGGCGAAAGCGAUAAAUGCGAUCAUAUUAUCAGAACCACAAUUUUUGAAUAGUGUUAAACACAUGGUACCUAGUGAUUUAUUCGAAAAACAGUAUCUUGUCUAUCGUCUUUUACGUCAAGUUGCUGAAUACAAAUUAAGUAGUGACAGUGAAGAACUGUUUAUUCAAGUAUUGAAACCUGUAAAACACAUUGAACCUGGUAAUAUGAAAGAAUUGCAACAUAUUUUUCGAAUUAUUCUAUCUCAAAUAACACCAAGUGGUUCAUUACAACGGAUCCCUUAUGAAAUGAAAGAUAAUGUGCUAAGUGCAAAUUUUACCGUACGUUUCCCGAAUGUAUCUGAAGAAGGCUUAUACAGUCUUUAUUUUCAUAAUUGUGCUGAAUUAAAUGUAGAAUCUGGUAAACGACAUUUAGUCAAUUUAACACUAAAAAUGGUUGAGAAGAAUGUGGAUAGUUAUCUGUCUGCUGGUCAACACCCUUUGCCUAUGCUGUAUGCCAUCUCUUGUUUGGCUUACUUAGCCUUAAGUAUAUUUUGGUUUGUUUAUCUUCGUGUAUCCAAGAAUUCAGUUUUUCGAAUUCACUAUCUGAUGUUGGCUGUUGUUCUAAUUAAAUCUGUAUCACUCGGAUUUCAUAGCAUAAACUACUAUGUGAUUGGAAAGCAUGGAGCUCAUGAAGAAAGUUGGGCAAUUAUGUACUACAUUACUCAUAUUAUUCGAGGUGCACUCCUGUUUAUCACAAUCUUGUUGAUUGGUGCUGGUUGGGCUUUCAUUAAACACAUGUUAACACCACGUGAACGUAAUGUAUUCCUUAUUGUUAUACCUCUUCAAAUAUUAGCCAACAUUGCUACUGUAAUUAUUGAAGAGUCUGAAGCCGGCGCAGCUCGUUAUGCUACAUGGAAGGAGAUAUUCAUCUUUGUUGACUUAGCUUGUUGUGGUGCAAUUCUAUUCCCCGUUGUCUGGUCAAUUCGACAUUUGAAGACAGCAUCACAAACUGAUGGCAAGGCAGCUAUAAAUCUUCGCAAUUUACGACUAUUUCGUCACUUUUAUAUUCUGGUGAUAUGCUACGUGUAUUUCACACGUGUUAUUGUAUACCUGAUGACAAUUACUGUUGUUUAUUCUUAUUCAUGGCUUGUUGAAUUAUUCAAAGAGACUGUCACCUUUAUAUUCUUUAUAUCAGUUGGUUAUGAAUUUCGUCCAGUGAAUGAUAAUCCGUAUUUACUUAUCUCUGGCGAUGAGGAGGACGAAGAUGAAGACACAGUGAUGGAACGUAUGCAUAUGGAAGAUGUAUGGUCACAAUCAGGUUUCACAGAUGGUGUCACACGAGUACAAAGAUCAAAAUCCAAUAAUUGCAAGACAGUUAUUCCUAUGAAAACUUAUCCUAAAAGUCAAGAUAAUAAAUCAUUUCAACAGGAAUUAGAAAAUGCCUAAUUUGAAACUCGUAUGCUUGUGUGUGUGUGUGUAUGUGUGCGCCUGUGUUCUUUCCUUUUAUUCAUUUUACGCUAUUAUCUUUCUUAGAAUGGAAAGUGGGAAGUUGAAUUGUGCUCACAGCCCCUCACCGUCCUCCUUCUUGUGUGUAAUUUUUUGUAUUUCUUCCUUGAGUUUCAUCAUAGAAAAGAUACACCUUGACGGAUAAAAUAAUAUUCUUAUAAUGACACAAUGAUUAUUAUUAUUAUUAUUCUUGUUACUGAUACCAUUCAUCAGUAUUAGUACCACUACUAAUAAUAUAUAAAUAUAGUGUAUGUAUAAAGAACUAAACUGUAUUUACAGUUAUCCUAUUUCUCACUCUCUCUCUUUCUCUGUGUACAAGAAGAAAGCUCCUGUACAGUCUUAAGGCUCUCAUCAAUGUCGGAGAAUCUAACCUGCUUGCGCAGAAUCCCGUAUAAAGUAAAGUAGAGCUAAGAUGAUAAGAUGAACAACUGUGAUAAAUAAGUUCGUUUUUUUGCUUCCAUUAGAAAUAGUCACCUGAAUUUUCUCUUUCUCCCUGAGGUUUAUUUUGAUUGGUUGUUGAUUUGCCCGUGUGUGUGUGUUUUAUGAAUUACAAAAAUCUACAGUUUUCAAUCCCCUUGCU